GUGAAUCUGGUGACAAAACCCAAAUCAAUCGUUCGUUCGGAUUUGUCCGCUCUUUUUAGGGUUCUUCUAUCCCGUUUCCUUCUUCACUCUGAACUCUAAUAAUCGGAUCAGAUCCGGGCAUCGGUUAUAUUGAUAAGAUCUUCGGUUGACUUUUCACUUCAUCAGCAAAGUUUCAUGUCUGAACUCGACAUCCAAAUUCCUAGCGCCUUUGACCCGUUUGCAGAAGCAAAUGCUGAGGACUCUGGUGCUGGGUCGAAAGAAUACGUUCAUAUUCGUGUUCAACAGCGAAAUGGUCGGAAAAGUUUGACAACGGUUCAGGGACUUAAAAAGGAUUUCAGUUACAAUAAGAUUCUGAAGGACCUCAAGAAGGAGUUUUGCUGCAAUGGCACCGUCGUCCAGGAUCCCGAGCUAGGCCAGGUCAUUCAGCUCCAAGGUGAUCAGCGGAAGAACGUCUCGAGUUUUCUUACUCAGGCGGGGAUCGUGAAGAAGGAUCAUAUCAAGAUUCAUGGUUUCUAAGCUCUCGAGUUGUGUACACGAUACUUGUAGACUUCUUCUAUAUUGUCUGUGAAACUUUAAUAGCAUAUGGUUUAUGUUGCAUGUUGACUGUUAUUGACAUUAGGUAUUUUAGUAGUAUUGGUCAUGUUAACCAUUCAAAUAAAGAACGAUGUCGUUUGCCUCACUUGCUAUUUAUUAUUUCCAACCUACUUUUUGC